AUGCCUUACAACAUUGCUAUGGUUUGCGACUUCUUCUUUCCCCAACCAGGUGGCGUUGAAAGUCAUAUAUACCAAUUAUCGACGAAACUCAUCGACCGUGGCCACAAAGUAAUCAUCAUCACGCAUGCCUACGACGACCGAACCGGAGUCCGGUAUCUCACCAAUGGCCUCAAGGUCUACCAUGUCCCUUUUUUCGUCAUCUAUCGCGAAUCAUCAAUGCCGACCGUCUUUUCGUUCUUCCCAAUCUUCCGGAAUAUUAUCAUUCGAGAACAGAUCCAGAUUGUCCAUGGACACGCCAGCUUGAGCACUUUAUGUUGUGAAGGAAUCUUGCACGCGCGCACCAUGGGCUUGCGAACGGUGUUGACGGACCAUUCCUUGAUCGGAUUCGCCGAUAUGGGGUCCAUCUUAACCAACAAGUUACUCAAAUUCAUUCUGAGCGAUGUCGACCAUGUUAUUUGUGUUAGCCAUACCUGCAAGGAAAACACAGUCCUGCGAGCCUCCUUAGACCCCCUUAUGGUAUCCGUCAUACCUAACGCUGUUGUUGCGGAAAACUUUCGUCCUCUUUCAUAUCCAUCUAUCGAAAAUAGUUCCGGCAGAGAGUCACGACCUCCUCCGCAAGUUAUUGGUCCGAACGACACAAUCACAAUAGUAGUGAUUUCACGACUUUUCUAUAACAAAGGGGUUGAUUUGCUUAUUGCCGCAAUCCCUCGGAUCUUGGAGUCUAACCCAAAUGUACGAUUCAUAGUGGGUGGCUCUGGCCCAAAAGCAAUCGACUUGGAGCAAAUGAUUGAAAGGAACAUGUUGCAAGACAAGGUGGAGAUGCUAGGCCCUGUACGUCAUGAAGAAGUACGAGACGUUAUGGUUAAAGGUCACAUCUACCUCCACCCAAGCCUUACGGAAGCGUUCGGGACGGUCAUAGUGGAGGCUGCAAGCUGUGGUCUCUAUGUCGUAUGCACUCGGGUUGGUGGAAUCCCCGAGGUGCUUCCCCAGCACAUGACAGCAUUUGCCAAACCCGAGGAAGACGAUAUCGUUUUGGCUACUGGAAAAGCAAUCGCAGCACUUCGGUCGAACAAGGUACGCACGGAACGAUUCCAUGAUCAAGUCAAGAUGAUGUACUCGUGGACGGAUGUAGCUCGACGGACAGAGCGGGUUUACAAUGGAAUAUCCGGUGCGAUCAGCGAGCUUGAAUUUUAUGGACACUAUCCGGAUGCUGGGUGGGACGUGGUCCGUGGUCGUAUGCGCAGCUUUGCCCUCAUAGACCGGUUGAAACGAUACUACGGCUGCGGCGUCUGGGCUGGAAAGCUGUUUUGCAUGUGUGUUGUGAUUGAUUAUCUAAUAUAUGUCUUCUUGGAAAUGCUGUGGCCACGAGCAAAUAUUGAUAUUGCUCGAAGCUGGCCUAAAAAGCCAGUCCCGCAUCCGGAUGCUGCAGCUGCGAUGAAAGGCAACAUGACACGAAGUACGAGAGACCGUCUUCGUGCAAUUUCUUGA